AUGUAUCACUCAAUGGAUGAUUAUACAAUGGCAUUAUCAUACUAUAACGAAGCACUGACAAUUAAAGAGAACUCACUUCCUCGCAAUCCUGCGUCAAUAGAAGUGACGCAUUAUAACUUGGCUAAAAUAUAUGAAAAACUCGAUCGGUGCGAAGAAGCUGUCAAACAUGCCGAGUGUGCUACCAGCCUUGCACAUGAAGUUUUUGGUCCUAAACAUCAUGAAACUAAGGUGAAUCAGGAUUAUCUAGAUGAUCUCCAGCGAAAAGUGUAAGUGAUAUCGUCGCGAAAUGGUGACAAGGUUAAAGAAACAGAAACAAAUGCUUCUAACUCUUUGCUUUUAAAUCAAUGAUAUUGUAUUGAGGUGUGUUUUAUAUAAAGCCUAUCGGUUCCAAAAUGAUUCGGACCCCAACUUAAUCGAUUAAAUUUUUCCAGACUCGAACCGUAUUCUUAAUACUCUUAGAAAGGCAUCAUCUAGUUACAAUAAUCGCUCUGAAGACACGAAAUGCUUUUUUCCAAUUAUUUCUAUUUCAUGAAUCGCAAAAGUUUCCAUGUCUUCAGCGUGUGAAUGCGGUGAGAGGGAGAGUAAGUAUAAUAAUAUAAAACGAAGAAUUGCAACUUUAUCGAAAAUCUUUGAUAUUUCUGUUACAGAUUUUUGACAGGUCCGGCAAGAAUUCGACAAUGACUCGCUAUCUUCUCCUGCAAAAACGAUAAAAGUCUGAGAAAAGCGUGUUGCUAUGGAACUUUAAAAUCCUGACGGGAUUUCCAACAAGAUGGGUGUGAAUGUGGGUAUAUGCUUGGGAGAAGUAAAAUACCCAAGGGGGAAAAAGCGAAUUGUGGUAUCCCGGUAUCCUCUGUAUUCCCGAUGCAUCCCCUGUAUCCCGAUGUAUCCUCUGUAUCCCCGAUGUAUCCCCUGUAUCCCCGAUGUAUCCUCUGUAUUCCCAAUGCAUCCUCUUUAUUCUUGGCAUAUCCUAUGUAACUCCAAUGUAUUCUACGUAUGCUUACUGUAUUAUCUAGACUCUGGUAUAAGAGAUAAUGUUACUCCGAUAAGUUGCGUAAAUAUUUGAAAUUCAAAUAUUGAAUUCUCAAAUCAAGCAGUAAUAAACAAGUAACGCGAGGUGCUGCACCUCGCUUAACCCUCGACUGUAUCUUGCAUACACUAUAAAAAAAAGGUGCAGAAUGAUAAACUGUUUCAGGGUUUACGAUAGUGCAACGUAGAAUAAACCGUGUUUACCCAAGGGGGGGGGGG